GUUCAUCGGACAUGGUGUCUCCCAGUUUCUUCUCUUCUUCCAAAUCGGAACAUUUCAUUUUUACCAAAAAAUAUCAAAACAACUCAAAAUUGUUUCAGCUACCUUCCUUCAUCCCACCUAGAAAGAAGAAAAAAAAAAAAAAAACCCCUCAAAAUUCCAGCUUUCAAAAAUCUUCCAUUCAUAAUCUUCAUUCUCAUCUUCAUUUGGUUAAGGGCUGAUAUAUAUAGAUAUCUUAAUAACAAAAAAACCCCUUAACCAAAGAAUCAAUAUUUUUGUUUUUGGUUUUUUUUUUCCUCAAAAUCCCUUGAAGGAAAAGAAUUUUUUUUUUUAAAAAAAUGGAGGCAUUUAAGAGAAAACAGGAUGUUGAAGGUGGACAAUUGUACCCAGGAAUGAUGGAAAACCCACAAAUGAGAUGGGCUUUCAUUAGGAAAGUAUAUUUGCUUUUGUGCAUUCAAUUGCUCAUCAGCUUUGGUGUGGGCUGCGUUAUGUUCUUCAACACCACCAUCAAAUAUUUCAUGGUCACAACUCGUAUUGGAAUUGCCAUUCUUAUUGCUUCCGCCGUAUUCACCAUCAUAUUAUGCUUGACGAUGGGAUGCUUUAUGAAGAAACAUCCAUGGAAUUACGUGUUAGCAGUUCUCUUUACCUUGUGUAUGUCCAUUCUGAUUGGUGUGGCUUGCGCUUUCAAAAGAGGUGAAAUCGUCUUGCAAGCGGCGGGUUUAACGGUUCUUAUAACAGUUGGGCUUACACUGUUUACAUUUUGGGCUGCGAAAAGAGGCUACGAUUUUAGCUUUCUUGGGCCAUUUCUAUUAUGUGCCAUGCUAAUUCUCAUUGCCUUCAGCUUCAUUCGGAUGCUUUUUCCAACGGGAAGAUUAGGCUCGUUGAUAGCUGGAUGUGCUGCUGCGUUGGUGUUUUCAGCAUUCAUAAUAUACGAUACAGAUGAAGUAAUAAAGCGUUUUGAUUAUGAUGAGUACCUUCUAGCUGCAACAUCGCUUUAUACUGAUAUUAUCAACAUCUUCCUAGCAUUUUUAAGCAUUCUAGAUGAGUAAAAACCUUUCUGAUAAGGACACAUUUUUAUCCACAAACUAGAGUAGAACUUCAGAAAGCUUGAUUUUUUUAGGUUAAUUUAUCUAAAAAGUUGUAUUGUAACAGUCAUACAUAAGGUCUUUUUACCUAUUAGCAA